CGCAAAUAAAGCGUCACUGAUUUUGGAUCGACUUCCCUCUGGGCUAUACCCCAGCGCGGAGACCGGAAGCAGCGUCUGGUUUACGGUCGACUUCCGUCUCUCUCCGGGGUGGUGGCCGCUUGUGUUGCUCGCGCGGCGUCCAGGAGCGCUCCAGGCAUGGGAAUGCUGUGAGAGAACUCCCCCCUCCCCCUCCUCCCCCCCCGGGAAAAACUCGCGUCAAGGCGGACGAUAAAAGUUGGUCCGUGAGUUACCGACGAGCCCUUUUCGCACCGAAGGAACGGCCCCGGUGACACAAACGGCGUUUUUGUUUUUCGUGUGUUUGUUGUGGAGGGGUGGCCAAAAAAGGACUCUUUUUUUGUUUUUCACGUUUCACCGGCGAAGCGAGUUCGGACAAAGAAACGAGUUUUGCGAGCUAUAGCGUUAGCCGGCUGCCGAGCUAGCUUAGCGGCUAAGACCUUCCUCCGCGGCGCAAUGCAGGCCAUCAAGUGUGUCGUGGUCGGGGACGGAGCUGUGGGUAAGACUUGCUUGCUUAUCAGCUACACCACCAAUGCCUUUCCUGGAGAGUACAUCCCCACAGUGUUUGACAACUAUUCUGCAAAUGUGAUGGUUGAUGGGAAGCCAGUAAACCUGGGCCUUUGGGAUACAGCAGGACAGGAAGACUAUGAUAGACUCCGCCCACUGUCCUACCCACAGACGGAUGUGUUCCUCAUCUGCUUUUCCCUUGUGAGUCCUGCCUCAUUUGAGAACGUCCGUGCCAAGUGGUAUCCUGAGGUCAGACACCAUUGUCCCAACACUCCCAUCAUCCUGGUGGGUACCAAACUUGAUUUAAGAGAUGACAAGGACACCAUUGAAAAGCUGAGAGAAAAGAAACUCUCUCCCAUCAUCUAUCCCCAAGGCUUGGCUAUGGCCAAAGAGAUUGGUUCAGUCAAGUACAUGGAGUGUUCAGCCCUGACUCAGCGUGGCCUUAAAACUGUGUUUGAUGAGGCCAUCCGGGCCGUCCUCUGCCCCCCGCCUGUCAAGAAGAAGAAAAAGACCUGUUCUCUUCUGUAAGACUUCACGGGAGGAGAUGGGAGGGGAAUGAUUGUUAGUGGUAAGGAUGGGGAGAGACACCUGAACACACACACACACACAAAAGCAGUGUAUGCCAGAUUCUUUCCUUCUGUAACAGUGUAAUUGCAGUAGUUAAUGCCAAUGGCUCCUAUGAAUAUUCUUACCUUCAGUUAGGUCUAGGGGAAGGGUUUUGCUGAUAAUCUCCACACAUACACACAGACGCUCUUUCCUGGACAUCUACCACAUUUCAUACUUAGACGAGAAUAUCAAAUUCCUGAGGCCUUUUAAGAAGAGUUUUGCAAAAAUGGACUAGGGAGUGUUUUGUAAUUUGUUCCUCCACUGGUAGUCCAUCUUGCUUGUUUACCGUCUUGAUUUAUGUGUGGAAAAUAAUGUUGCCAAGUUCAUUUUCAAAUAUUAGAUACUGUAUUUGAGAAAAUGAGAACCUUUGUCUCAAACCUGUAAACGUUUCAAUUACAGCUGACAGUUUGGCAUUAUGUGGUUUAUGGCAUAUUGUGAGUUUAUUUACAAUCUUGAGAAUAGCCACUGAAGUGGUUGCUUUGUGAACAAGGAACUUAAAGUUGACAUUUAUGAAGUUCUUUUUGCCUCAUAACUUUUUUUUUUUUUUUUACCAGUGGUGCUUAGUUUCUAUUCCUAGCGCAAUAAUUUACGUCGUUAGUUUAACAAAAGCGAAUGGCUGGAUCACAAUUCAGUUGUCAUGUUGUGCAUAUGGACACACAAGAAUGCCACCAAGAUGAAUAAGUCACUCUGAAAAGGCAUGAUAAUCCAGUAUUUCAAGGGGUUGUCGCCCAUUGGACCUAUAAAGACUGGUAUUCCUUCCAACAUGUCCCCGGAGCUGUCUCAAUUGUGGUAGCAAAAAACAAAAAGCAACCUUAAUAGUUUAUGGGCAUUUAUACUUUUUUUUUUUGUGCAUUACAUUUUGUCACCAACAGCACACUUGUUUUAAGUAACACUAGUACUGGCUAAGUAAUAUCAAAGUAAACAUUUACGCUUCAAUGUAAUAACCACAAUAAAGCCUCUGUCAGUUUUGCUGUAGUAACAGCAUACCCGGUAUUUCGCCAAUUGUGAUUUUUUUUUGUUUUUCUUCACAAAAGUUAAA